CCUGCUACAGCCUAGACCCACAAGAACACAGAUGGAGAAAACAAAUGUUGGCUGCUUUUGCCAGCAAAUGACUUCUUCCCGAGACAGUGGUUUUCUGAAGAGAGACCACAUGAGAGAUCUCAGAAGAUACCUUGUACUCAAAUAUAUUCAGUACCUAGUCCUGCCGUCUUCAAAUACUCUCAUCACUCUUUUGGGACUUUUGGGAAGUCUGUAUACAAUACUCAUUCUGAAGUCUCCAAGCAUAUCGUGCAAGUCCACUGCUGUUUUUAUUUCAUAUAUAGCGAAAGCCGAUAUUCUGGUUUUUGUUAGCAUUGCUUCCGAGAUGAUCAUGGAGCUAUUUGAUGUUAAACUCGAAUCUGCAGACUUUAUAAAAUCCCUGUUGCAGAAUUUCUUCACUGCAAACAUACAUAUUAGCUGCCUGCUGCUAAGCUGUGUUACUUGUGAGGCUCUUUUGAUAACAAUAUUUCCAGUAGAGUCGCGCCAUAUAAGGACUGUGAAAUAUGCCAGACAGAUAUCUAAUAUGAUCUGCAUUGUAGUAAUUGCAGAAUGCAUCAUGUUCCAGAUGGAGGACUUCCAGGAACCUUCUGGAAACAACAGUCAAUUUUUUUUGUUGCUUCAGUUCUGUAACAGAGCAGCAUCUCUUCUCGGGUCUCUUAGUUACUCCAUAGGCUUGUUUUUAAGGAUAAUUAAUGUCUAUGUUUACUACAAAAUAUUUUUUAAUGUAGCUAACAGGUCUAGACUAAAGACAAACUAAUGUACCCCUGUAGCUCAAUACAGAGUAUAUGAAAAAAGCUAUUUGAAAGCGGUAGUUUGAAAUAUAUACACUAUACAGCAGCCAGUAAAUCCAGGCUCAAAGCUGAUGUUAUAUGAUGAGGUAUUUAAGUUUGUUUGUCAUGCUGAGCUGGUAAAUGGUGAUAUAUGCUUCAGAGAUUAGGCAAAGCUAAAUUAACCAGAGGGUGCUAUCAACAGCCUCAAAACUAGGUUUACUUGCUUGGAAAAGUAAGGUGUCACCCAUAAAUUUAUUUGUUUAUAGACAUAACAAAUUUAUUACCAAUUAUAAAAUGGUUUUAAGAAAUUAAGCAAUCUGAAUAUUAUUAUUCAUAUUAAAACAAGGCUCAGAAACAGAAUCAGAAAUCCUGGCUGUAUCGUGCCAAUUGCUAUCAAGAGCCAGUAUAUGCUGCAGAGUUUAUAAUUCACGUUUGUUACAACACUUAACAGAUGGAUGAAAUAAACAUGUAGAUGAGUUGUAAGCAUGCGGUAGCUUGUUACCUGCCUUGUUAUUAUCAACAUGCAGAAUUCUGCAAGCAGCCCACACCUCACUCUGAUGUCAUGCCAUAGCUCACUACAUGCAGUUACUUUAAUAUAGUUACUUAAGCACAUUAGUAAACAGCUCGUGGAACAUCCCCCAGCUGAAAUAAAGAAAUUGAAGGCAUAGAUUAAGGCUGUCCUAAAGGGGUACUUUCUAGUCACCCUUUCUCCCACAGAAUUUGCACAAGAGACAGCCAUAAUUUGGACAGCUGUAUUCCCAGCAUACAGUCAGGGGAAGAUGGGCUAGUGCUAUCAACAGACUGCCAAAUCCCAUAUGAUUUUAUGCAGAAAAGGAGGACUGGGCCAUGGAUCUGUGUGUGAAUGCUCUGAGGAAAAGAGAAGAGUGUAAUGUACACUUAUGAGAGGGGUAGCCGUGUUAGUCGGCAUCUGCAAAAACAACGAGA